CCAGGUUUUUGUGUAGCAGGGAGAGGAACCAGACAGAGCGCUGCGUGAACCCAGAGACAGCAGCACCUGGACUCACUUGUCCAUCUCCUACCUCUUCCAUUCUGGGUGGUGAUCCGCUUUGGGGCUUUGUGGGGCAGACUUCUCCGGGUUUUCAUUCCCGCUGUGCCACUCCUAGCUGGGCAGCCUUGGCAAGUGCCUUGGCUUGUCUACAGUAAAUCUCGGGCUCCCUAUCUGGGAACGAAAGAGCCUCUCUUGGGAAGCUGAUCUGAGAAACAAACGAGAGAUGAAUGAAAUUCGUUUGCUUUGCCCAAUAACCCAUGCAGCUUCCCAACUCAAACUUUCUUCGGCCAGACCGACGCCUAGGGCUGGGGAGAAGCCCGGGAAGGGCGUCUGGGGGCGGAGAGGAUUCGAGUCACUAUGGCAACCCGCGACGCCUGGCGUUCCGGUACAGCCCGCCGCGGAGCUGAGAAGGCUGGAGGGCCUCGGGCCGCAUAGAAGACCCCAGCGGCAUGCCGGGAGAAGAGGCGGUGGUGGUGUCCACGGCUGCGGCUCCGGAGGGGGGCCGAGACCGGGAGCAGCCUCUGCAACUCGCCGGGCCGGGGUGCGGGAAUCGCAGGCGUGGAGAACGCGUGGAAAAGGAACUGGGGGCCACGGAAGAGGGACCUGAGGAAGCCACGAUAGUUUGGGGACAGAGGGUGGAGCUGGAGCCGCUGUUCCAGCGGAGCCCUCCUGCAGGCCUUCCUGAUUGCCUCUCUGGAGAGCAGCUGGGGUUCUCUGGCUCCCUCUGUGCUGGCACUGGCCAUCCCCAGAGGGAGGGUCGGGUUGAAGCAUCUCAGUACUUGGCUUCUGUGAACAACACAUUCUCGUCCCUGUCCCCCAGAGACCUCAUCAACGAGUCAGUGGCAGAAGGGCUGCCUCCUGGGAAGAAAUUUUUAUAUUGUGAGCCACAUAAGAGAGUUAAGGAAGUGCUGGAAGAAGAACUUUAUAUGAAGAGAGAUGAAUGCCACAUUAAAAAUCCACCUGCAGUGACCCUGGAAGGGAUUUGGAGCAUUAAAAGGAAUCUCCCUGUGGGAGGCUUGAUGCCAGGAAUGCAGAGCAGAAACAGUUUACUGCCACAAGCCAAGUACUAUUCCAGGCACGGAGGGCUGAGAAGAUAAGGUGAACACAAUUUUUCAUUGGGAAGGAACCUCUUUCUCCUAAUGUCUGAAGAACAAAGAAGAAACCCAAGUUUGUUUCAUGACUUAAGAUGUGUAAGGAAAAAAAAUGUAUAUUACUCUGCAAUUCCUAUUAUUGGUACUAAUACCUAUUUAU